AUGGCGGCCGCAGUCCCGCCGUGCGUCCCGUGGAGGCAGUUGGCGGGUGCUGUGCGAACCUCGCCUCCCUCCAUGGAAGUUAAUGAAGUGGAUCAUGGUCUUAUUAACCGGCUACUUGCUGAUUCGGAGGACAGUCUUAAUUCAUGCACAGAGAAAAUGCAGGGUCCUGCUCAGUAUAGUUGGAGUGCUGACUGGAGCUUUUGGUUCUCAAGUUCCACUUACAAAUAUAGGAGUGAGGAAUUCAAGAGACAGUUUUCUCAUCUGCCAGACUCAGAGAGACUCAUAGUAGAUUAUGCCUGUGCACUCCAGAAGGAUAUCCUGCUGCAAGGACGCUUGUAUCUCUCUGAAAACUGGCUCUGUUUCCACAGCAACAUUUUCCGAUGGGAGACCACAAUUUCUAUUGCUUUGAAGGAUAUCACUUUCAUGACAAAGGAGAAGACUGCUCGUCUCAUUCCAAAUGCCAUACAAAUAGCAACAAAAGGAGAGAAGUUUUUCUUUACAUCAUUCAGUGCAAGAGACAGAAGCUACCUCAGUAUCUUCCGUUUGUGGCAGAAUGUGUUACUGGAUAAGAGGCUGACCAAGCAGGAAUUCUGGCAGCUAGUGCACCAGAGCUAUGGCUCUGAGCUGGGCCUGAACAGCGAGGAGAUGGAGAGCUUCCACUCAUCGUCUGAGGACAACGGGCAGUCUCGAUCCAGCAUAUGUGAUGAUUCUGGAGAAAGGGAUGAAAAACUACCCAAAAUGGUUGGUUUAGUUCAUGAGCCCAUGCUUCAAACAGAAGGAGAGUCACUCAACAGGCACAUGUUGUCAGGAGUGGAGGAGUCCCCAACUGAGAGGCAAAUAAAAAGUCCUCUUUCCUCUUCAGAAAGGAAACCUGCUAAGUUAGUUAGGAGCAGGUCUUUAGAAAACUCUUUGGACCUUAAUGAGAAUGAAAAUCUUCCAGAGAAGAGCAGUACUUCAGAUAGUGAAGAAGCAGUGAAGGAGACUGUCUCUGACAAUGAUCCUUAUGGGAGACUCUUUAUAAACAGAGUUUUCCACAUCACUGCAGAUAAGAUGUUUGAAAUCCUUUUCACCAAUUCUCACUUCAUGCAGAGGUUUCUUAAUUCCAGGAGUAUAGUAGAUGCUGUAUCAACCCCUUGGAAUAGAGACUCCAAUGGCAAUCAGUUGAGGACUUUGACAUACACUGUAACGAUUAACAAUCCACUCUGUGGGAAGUUCACAACUGCAACUGAAAAGCAGAUCCUGCAUAAGCAGAGCCAGAAAGGUCAGUCUUACCAGGUGGAUGCUGAGGUCCUGACCCACGACGUCCCCUACCAUGAUUAUUUCUACACUGUGAACAGAUACUGCAUCAGCCGCACAUCCAGUCACAAGUGCCGGUUACGAGUUUCUGCAGAAGUGAAGUACAAAAAACAGCCUUGGGGCCUUGUCAAGUCUGUAAUAGAGAAGAAUACCUGGGGAGGAAUACAGGAAAACUUCAAACAACUUGAAUCAGAUCUCCUAAUGGAGGAAUAUGCAAUUAAUCAGUCUGUAGAAGACUCUGGGAAAUUACUUGCUCUGAGACGAAGGCGGCGCACUUUACACCGGGGUGUGGUAGAAUCACUUCCCAAACGCUCUUUCCAACAUUCCUCUGGUGACAUGGGAGUGGAGUCUCAGGGCAGCUUAGUAGGAAGGAAAAGAGAUGCAGUAACUAGGACCACUGCCAUCAUUGUAGUAAUGAGUGUCUUUUUGCUGCUCUUGGUCUUGCUCAAUAUAACACUGUUCCUCAAACUGUCAAAGAUAGAGCAUGCAGCUCAGUCCCUUUAUCAUGUUCAGCUUCAGGAGGAAAGCUCUUUGAACAUACCUCCAGAAAUUGUAUCAAAAGAGGAGAUACCUCAGUAUGAUAAGGAACAGGUUGAACAUGUCAAGGGAGUUUUAAGAGACUCAAUUGAAAUGCUUGAGCAGCUGAAGAUUUCCCUUUCCAUGCUCCAAAGAAGCUUUGAUGACUUGAACAGGACGCGGAGCAGCAAGACUGAGAGUUAAUAACCACAUCA